UUUUGCUUGGCCUGAAAUUUGUCGCGCUGUCCGCGGUCCUGAAACCGGAUUCACGCGGCAAAUGGAGCGAUUUCACCUUCGCAGUAGAACAUAAAGUGUUCUAAUACUUCAUCUUCUCGAUUCAAUUUAAACUUUUUAAGGUAAAUGCGAAAUUUCACCGUCAUUUCCGCGCGGAAUUUCAGUUAUUAAUUUAAAGUAAAUGUAAUCAUCUAACCCGGCGGCUUGGUCCCCUUCUCGGUCGAGAGGGACGGCGUGCUGGGGGAGGGCAUCCUCUCCCUCAGGCGUGUGCAAACGAGUGUUGGGGACUUGUUGAUGGGAAGGGGUUGUUGAUCGGGGGGUAGACAGACUGAGGUGGGCGAUCACAGCUUCCGGUCUAUUUUUCUUUUUUUCUCUUUGAGCGUGGGAAAAUAAAUUGUGCCGCGCGUCAGUAGGGUUACUUCCCCCCAUUCCCUUUACGCGCCGACCACCAUACAUGCAUCUCCCACCGCCGUGCGCUCUAUAGGAGGAUCGCCCGGGGGUGGGGGCGGUUAAGUUUAUGAAUUUGUAUGCAGCUUGUCACACAAUGCGGACGUCACCUCCCCAGGAUUUGAAUCAUCUUUGGCGAUGUUUAGCCUUUUCCUCCUCGGUUAUCUCGCACCCUGGUACCAGUGUGGAAUACGGCGAGGACAUCUGUGUUUUUGAGGACAUUAUCCGGGCAGAUCGGCCAGCUGUCGGAAUACAAGUUUGCGUUGAUUUGAGCCUGUGCUGCGUCGGUUUAUAACCCCACCACGUUCGCGUAUUCUUUUUUCUUCUUCUCCAUUUCCAAAUGUGUGAUCCGUCACCGCGGGGUCGCCGUCGCGUUUUGCCUCUCGCAAACUUGGGGAGUUCGUUCGCCCCCGUGGCACCGCCGCGGGUCCUCCGCUCGAGCGGGGAUCCUCGCUCAUAGGAGGCGCCUGCGUCCGCUCGAUUUGCCGGCGGUUCACAUGCACAGGCUGUCCCCGCGCCGCUUUACCCAAACGGCGACUUCUGUUAGAGCAACCUCGUCUGGGAAGAGGAGGAGGAGAAAAUCGGGGGCGAAAAGAAGGGAAAAGAUUAUAGGUGAAAUUUGCCGCGAGGACGCCGCAGACGGUAUCGGACAUUAAAAGGAGGCGACGCCACAGAACAUGUCACAGACAAUGAGCUAAAACACCAGCGUGCAGGUAUGAAUACUCCUCUGAGGUCUCGUUGCGCGUUGAGUUGGGCAUAGCUCUUCAUCAAGACUAUGGCUGCUGAUGCAUGUGUGGAAUUACGCAUGAACUGAUCUCCUUUUUUUUCCCUCCAUCAUGUCCAACAAUAUUUCGAGUGACGGUGAAAGCUGAUUUAAUAUUACCAUGUAGUAUUUGGAGAAAAAAAAAGAAACCCAGCUGCUAAAAAAAACAACUAAAACAUAUUUGACAUUUCACACCACGGAACGGACCACUUAGCCGCCACCAUGGGACUGUGACCCGGGCUGCGAGCUCCGAGAGGCGGCCUGUUUGUGUUCGUCUGGACGCGCCGUGCGCAGACUGGACCUCAGCAGGUUGUGGCAAAAUAUUUUUGUUGAGCCAUGGCCGCGGCCAUCGCGAGCGGGCUGAUCAGACAGAAGAGACAGGCGCGGGAGCAGCAUCUAGACCGGCCCGCCACCAACCGACGGAGGAAGAGCCCCAACAAGAACAAGGGGCUCUGCAAUGGGAACCUGGUCGACAUCUUCUCUAAAGUGCGCAUCUUCGGCCUCAGGAAGCGGAGACUACGGAGACAAGAUCCCCAGCUCAAGGGUAUAGUGACCAGGUUAUAUUGCAGGCAGGGAUACUACUUGCAAAUGAACCCCGAUGGCUCUCUUGAUGGGACCAAGGAUGACAGCAGUAAUUCCUCUUUGUUCAACCUCAUUCCUGUGGGCCUCAGAGUCGUCGCCAUUCAGUCCGUGAAGACAGGUUUAUACAUCGCCAUGAACGGGGAGGGCCAUGUGUACACAUCAGAACUCUUCACAGCGGAGUGCAAGUUCAAAGAGUCGGUGUUUGAGAACUACUACGUGAUCUACUCGUCCAUGUUGUACAGACAGCAGGAGUCGGGGAGAGCUUGGUUCCUAGGGCUCAAUAAAGACGGCCAAGCUAUGAAGGGGAACCGGGUGAAAAAAACCAAACCAGCUGCUCACUUCCUGCCCAAGCCAUUAGAAGUGGCCAUGUACAGAGAGCCAUCGUUGCACGACGUUGGAGAGACCUUGGUGCCCAAGGUGGCCGCGCCCGCCAGUAAAAGCACAAGUGAGCCGGCGGUGAUGAACGGAGGUAAACCCGUAAGCAAGCCGGACAAGCCCGCCACAUAGCCCCGCCCCCGACCAGCGGCCGGCGCGCCCCUGAGCUGGGGACGGGGGCAUGACGGAGACUGGAGCCCAGACCCUCUCCUCCUCUGUGGACCGGAUCCAGGCAAAAAAAGCAACCUUCCCUUUUUGUCUCUUGCGACUCCUCCUCCCGCCUCGACCCCACCCACCCCCCCUUUUCUCCACGCGGAUGCACGGACAGCGAGGCGGCACAGAGGAGGGAGGAAGAGGAUCCCUGAUCAUGGAAUGCCUUUAGAUUCCACCUAAAAACUGUGAGAACCCCCGUGUGAAUGCGGCACUCUGCUUGCAAGAACCCCCCCCCUCGCCCCUCUCUUUCUGCAAUGGCCCCCCUGCUUCAGCAGAGUCUGUGUACCAUGAGAUCUAUUUUCUAUACCACAGUUCACCAGCUAUGUUCUGGGAUAGAGACUGUAUAGAUAGAGCAAAUAUUUGGACUGUUGUCCUCUAUUUUUUACCAGUACGUUCCCCUCUUCUCCCUCUCUUUCUAUAUCCAACCACGCUCGGCUUUUCCUCUUUGACAAGUAACCCAGAAAAGAUGAAAACGUUUUUUGCAGGGGAGUUGUGUGAUUUUCUAAGAAACACAUUCAAACAGAUGUGGCAACAUUUGCACGCAAACAAAUUCAAAUUUUCUUGUUGGCCACUACGUGCACCCACGCACACACACUAACAGACAGACACACACACACACACACAAGUUUGUGGAGUGGGAAAACUCAGAGUUAUUUUUUUUUUGCUUGCUUUUCUUUGGGUUGUUUUCCAGCCGGUAGAAACGCGCUGGAGGCUGGCAGAGAGCUCCAGCAAUCAUAGAUGAAGAAGUGUUAAUUACCGCCACGGCAAUCAAUGCGAGGAGCUCCCUACACACAGACACACAACAGAUGUGUGGUGUGGGCGGUAGAGCGCUGUAAGGAAUGGUGUCUACAUAUCACUAUCUUAGUCCCACCAGCGGUUUUGCUUCCGCCUCCUCUGGUAAAUAGAAAGAACCUGAAGUCUAUUUUUCUUUAAUCUCAUUUCCGAGCGUAGGCUCUAGGAAUAUCUCUAGGCCUUGUGGGCCUGUGUCCCUCACUCGCUGACUUCUUUGGACUACGAGGCGAAGGCUCGUGGCUUUGACCCAGAUGGUCGACGGCGGCGGCGCUGGCAGCCAUCUCAUGGCAGCGCCUUUUAAAAAAAAACAACAACAGAAAAACAACAUGGCUGAAAACCAGUAGGCAACAUUAUACUGGCUGCGUCCCUAUUGGGUUUGGCCGACCUAACGCAUGGGCAAAGGUAAUGUUGUGCUCUCUCUUCUUGCAGCAGUUAUACAGGAGAUGGCUUAUAUUGUAAAAUGUUGUAUAACACUUAGGGAAAAUGAAUAUUAUAAAUCAUAACUUUUUAAAUGACUAGAUAUUGUUCUUAUUAUUAUUACUCGGAGAGGAUUUGUCUCCUAGCUCAGCAUGCAGAGUCCAGUACUGAUCAUCUUGGCCUGUCACAUGCCUGUUUGGACCUCGCUCCCCGGCAUGCGAAAACAGGCUCCCAGUCCCUGUCACUGGGGCCCGAUGGUGCCUAACCCCCCCCCCACAUCCGUGCAGAGGACACGUAGCAUUGCCCGUUGACAAGCCACACUCACAUGUGCUCUGCUCGGAAAAUGACCAAAGUCUUUUUUUUCCUUCAUCCCGAGAAACAAAACCGAUUCCUGGCUAAAGAAAAAACCAAUCUGAUUCAAUCCAUCGAAGCUUUCACUGUGAUUGCGUUUUGUUCUGUGCGAAACAAUCUGACCCUCAAUGAAAAGUCUUUGCUUGAUGUCAUUUUAGAGACGUACGUAUACCUUGAAUUAAUCCCGUGCAUGUGUUUUCUAUGAGGAGCCGGGUGGGGGCAUCGCUGGGUGUCGGGAGUCGCAUGUCGCAGGCUGCAGCUCACAGCGCAUCCGAAGGCUAAACCCGCUGCGCUCUCUGUGUCUGCAUCUCCCUCCCGACUCUUGGCAGUUUAUCAAAGUUCUGUCCUCAAUGGAUCAAUUCAUAACAUUUGUUCUGGCUAUUCAGGAAUUUCUUUCCCCAAUAGUUGUAGAAUAUGGAGUAGAUUGUUGCUGCCGCGUGCGUUGCUGAAAAAGACAUUUUUAGUAUGAAGGUGAAUAUCAUUUUAUUGGGUUUAUAUGAUUGUUUCUUGUAACAGCGCAUCGAAGCACACUCGUUGGAAUGCUAAUCUGUACAAAGCUGUUAAAUGGCAUACGAUGCACACACACACACACACACACACACACACACACAUAAGAGCUGAAAACCACUGUCGUUGUACAUGGGGCGGUCCUCAUUACAGCCAAACAUCCUCACACACACUGUACAUGCUGGGCUGCUGCUUCAGUCCUGCGGUCCAGACAACUGGCCCAUAAGAGGCCGACUUUAUUUUUGUAAAUGCCCGGUGUGUAAAUGUGCAUCUCUGUAUGGGUCUCUGCGGCCACCGUUUUAUUUCAAAUUAGUUUUUUGGACUUUUUCUCGUAUACGGGUCGUGCGUGAUGUUGUCUCCUGAUACCAAUCACGUUUGCUUGGCCCCGCCCCCGUCUUUAUAGAUGCAUCACAAGAAUAUUCUAGCGAAAAUCUCCGUUUCCAACCUCUUGUUUUGUGCAUUGUCCCGUCUGUUGCAUGGGGAGAGGAUGGCAUUGAUGAACUGCAUGUAGUAGGCUUUGUCUAUCGAGAACUGUUGGUAUGUAGCGCUAAUUUUACAUACAUAUAUGCAACGAGUUUGUCUACACUAUACAGUUUGUGUUCGUUGUAUACGCACACACCACAUAUUGAAUAGGAUAUUUAUACAAAAAGGCGUACUGUAAUGUCAGUAACAUACUUAAUGCAAUAUAGCGUGCAGUAUAUUAUUGCACCUGUCACUUUCGAUGGGACAAAGAAAACGGAGGUUUGGCAAGUUGAAGCAUGAAAAAAAAAAAAGGCCAAAGUAGAAUUUACAUUAAAUUUCCUUUGUGACUUCUCAUCGGCUUUCUUUUCACGUGGUGACGGAGCGCUCGUGUCAAUGCAGCUCUCCUCCCCUGAUGCCACCUUUUCGAAGUGACGGGGACAUCCAGCAUGCCACCACGGAACCGUGUAUGACCCCCCCCCCAUUUCCUCCACGCAGGAAUGUAACCGUCACCUUUGUGUUGGGCGGGAAAUGUCCGUCACGUACCGUCUGUACGGUGAGCUUUCAUUGGCAAAUUGUUUGGUUACCCGGUGGAGAAGAAUAGGCACUAUUACAAUUAUUUAUUUUCAAACAACAACAAAAAUAAGAAUAUAUAUAUAUAUAUAUAUAUAUAUAUAUAUAUAUAUAUAUAUAUUCCAUUGCAAGUAUGCCCAUUGGAGUUAUGUCAUGUUAUAACAGAUUUGUAACCAUGUAUGAUUAAGGUCUUCUCAUUGUUUUCCAUGCAAAAUGUUGUCAUGCGGCACAUUUAAUGUUUUAUUAUUAAAAAAAGAAAUAAAAACCUCAAACAGUAA